GCCGACUCUCGAGUAAAUAUCUUCUUGUUCCUUUUUUUUCCCCCCGGAGUCCCCUUUCUCUCCCUCUCGCUGUUCGGCUCACCGCACGCCUUUCGUUACCUCGAUUUGAACCUAUGUGGAUCUCGCGAGCGAGGCGUCGAUCGCUCACGAUCGAUCAUUCCUGAAGUGACGGUCGUUUUCGGCGUCGAUCGGUUUUUUACUUUGCCGCUUUUGACGCUCGGGGUAGUGCGGGGAGGAGGGCGCGCGUGCGCACACGCACACAUACACACACAGAUGGAGACGAAAACGGAGCCGCUGACGCCGCCGCAAACACCGCCGACGAUCGACAGAUCGAUGCAUCAACAUCAGCAGCAGCAGCAGCAGCAGCAUCAACCGCAAAAUCAGCCGCAGCAGCAUGUAGUUUUCUCAGCGAAAUGGGCCAAAUCGAACUUCCUCAACGGCAGAUACAUACAGCAGCAGCACCAGCCGCAACACGUUCAGCCAACGCAACACAGCAACUAUCAAACUACCCUCAUCAGUAACUGGUUAAAGGACGCGGCCCUGCUGACGUUCAGGGGUUGCUGCCCCCAACGUCCUUAUCUGCAGUACUAUCAGGGUCAUCCGGGCACCAUGUUUCCGGUACCACCGCCGCCGCAGCCGCCGUCGUUCCUCGCCCGCAGAUCGACGGGUCAGAGACCCAAGAAACAGUUUAUCUGCAAGUUCUGCAAUCGACAGUUUACGAAGAGCUACAACCUGCUGAUUCACGAAAGGACCCACACCGACGAGCGACCAUACUCGUGUGACAUAUGCGGGAAGGCUUUCCGCAGGCAGGAUCAUCUGCGAGAUCAUCGAUAUAUACACAGCAAGGAGAAGCCGUUCAAAUGUAACGAGUGCGGCAAAGGGUUUUGCCAAAGUAGGACUCUGGCGGUUCAUAAAGUCAUGCAUAUGGAGGAGUCGCCGCACAAGUGUCAGGUGUGCGGCCGGAGCUUCAAUCAGAGAAGCAAUCUCAAGACGCACCUUCUCACGCACACGGACGUUCCGCAGGACCUCAGAAUCGAGACCUCGGUGCCGUCGAACACGAGGAUCAUGUCGUCGGAGGUUAGACAAAUGACAGAGCGGGUGAGCGGUCUCCUGCCAAUACCGAAGAGCAGUACGCACAAACUUGGCUUCACUAUAGAGGACAUUAUGAGGCGUUCAUAAGAUCGCAAUUUCUUUAAUCUGCGUGCAUCUCAUCUUUUGUUUGCUCUGUAUUAUAGUUUUUCUCAUUUUCUACGCAUUAUCUACAAAUUCAUUAUCUACGAAUUAUUAUUACAUUAUUAUUAUUAUACAUUUUAGUAUAUUAUUAUACACAUACCUCAGUUGAUUACUUCAUUAUUAUUAUCAAUUAUAUAUUUUAAUUUGUGCGCUCUUCUAGCACCAGCUGGAUUGGCUUCAAGAGUGCCGAGAAAAAUUUGUGCCGGUAAUAAUUUUUAUUUUUUUAUAUGACUGCUAUUAAUUUAAUAUAUCUCUCUAAAUUUUCUGGAGUGAAUCUCCAGAUUGAAAAUACUGUCACUCGGCUACUUGAGUGGCAGUAUUUUCACUCAUUUGGAGUGGAAUUCUCUCCAAAAGAGUAAAAAGUCACUCCAGAAAAUUUAGAGAGUAGUUGACCGAAUGUAGUUGCAAUUUAAUUUUAUUAUUUCUCACCGUAUUUCCGUUCUCCCUAUGCCGUUCGUAAUCUUAAUAAGCUGUUGCUAAGAUAUACGACGUUCUGCUUCAAAAACGUAUAAUAAAUACGACGGGAUCGUAUCUUAUUAAUGCCAAAUUAUUGUUGAAAUUUUUACUUUUUUAAUAAUGAGAUAAAAUUUAAAUUUUCUAUAAGAACAAAAAGAUUUCUAAUAAUUAUGCUUAUAGUUCUUGGCUCGCUAAUCAUAAUCAUAUUGGAUUUG